AUGUUAGGAGUAAUCGAUCUUGUGAAUCAAAGCAUGUAUUCAACUGUAAACUCAACUCAUUCAACGAUGACAACAGUGGCUAAAUAUGUCUACGAUGAUUUCUCAACUCCAUCAUCACUUCGAUCAGCUCGAGUAAUUGUUGAAGGUCGCUCAGUAUUUGUAAAUCCUGGUUGGCUUGCUGAAUUUUCAAAUUUUUUCGCUACGAUGUUUUUUGGUAAAAAUGCGGGUGAAAAUUUAAUCCUCAGCAAUGAAUUGAGAGCUAGUGUUUUGUUAGUGACAAGAAUGUUAAGAUAUACUGAACAAGUAGGUGCCUUAGCAUUGGAACAUUGUUGGAAAUACUCAAAAGGUUAUCAGUAUAUGAAUCUUCGAGAAUGCAGUGGUGAUAGUAGUAGUGCAGUUCAUCAUCCUGCUCCAAUUGGUGAUACGUACUGCUGUGUGCAUAACGCAGUGUUGGGUAGUAAGCAAUAG